UGCCAUUUCCAUCGAAUUCCAGUUUUAGCGUUUGGGAGAGUUUUACAGUCACAUGUGCAUGAAUGGCCUUGAGCGAGCAACCUGGCGAGUCGUGUAGCCCGUUAUAUAGAUGACUCAACAACGGCCAAUGCCACAGGCUGCGAUACAGUACAUACUUGAAAGGAUGACCAAACCUGCGCUGCGCUGUGAAAUGGGCUACCAUUUUGCUGCUUGUGUCGACUUCCCCGCAGUAGCGCCCGGACUGUCAGACUUCCUACAACACUCGCGUGAAGGAUGAUGAUCGAUGCCGUGGCAGGACGAUGGAGGUAUGUGAUAACGUUAACUUGCAUUAACGAGUCCACACUUGGUGUCUUGUCCGUGCUAAAAAUCAAUUGGAAGAUUUGACGUACGACGUUCACUUGGGUUUUGUAUGGGCGAAUCGGUAAACAACGAACCCAACAUCAUCCAAACCAGAUGGGUUCAUGGGAUUGCGACCAUCCACAACCUCGAGAAGGAGGAAGCAGGUGUACACUCAUGACCACCAGCAGCGACGUAGCAACCGUGCACUUGGAGGACGAGUUCAUGGACGACCUCAACACGGACUUGCUGGAGGCAGCAGACAUCAAGCUCCAAAAGAACAUGUACCAACGCGAGAAGCAGGGCAAGUACCGACAGCAGGAACGGGCGCUGCGGGUGCAAUUGCGCAACCGCAUCGCGGACUUGGAAGCGAUAUUGCUUCGAGCGAAGCGAAGGGGUAGUCUCAUGCUGUCAUGGGAGGACAUUGCGUUGACCAUGCGUGAAGAGCACGACCUCGCGCAAGUCGAGAACAGUCGGCUGGACCAGCAAGUGCGCCAUGUUCGCACACUCCUCCACGACAUGAAGCGCUGGGUUCACGCCACCCUUUCGGUGUCUCCAAGCCAUGUCAAGUCGACGUGGCGCAAUUUUACACUGCUGCAACACCCCGAAUCCCGCAAACUCGGUAUGGAAUGGAUCACGCAGCAACUAUACCACAAUCUGGACAGCGUCCAGCAGCGAUACGGGUUCCCAUCGAUGUUCUCUACCGUCACCGAAGACGACCUGAACGUCGUGUUCGACGACAGCGGGUGCUACCAGUUCAUCCGUCGGCACGAACUGUUUAUGCAGAACUCACUCGACGAGCUACGGGGCGUGAUGCAAGCCGACAUUUGGCAGUUUAUGAUCAACUACGCCCGCCUUCACAUCUGCCACGACACGCCACACAGCGCCAUCCGACAUCAAACCCUAGAAGGAGCGUACGAACAGAGCAACUUUCUCAGCCGCGAGUUCGUCGAAGGCAACCGCAUCGUGUACGUGGGCCAGCAAAUGCACGAAGAUGAGGCCGCCCCUACGAUCAAGUUGCAGCGCAACCGCCACGUGUGGUACAUUCUGCAGGCCAUCGCGCCGUCCGUGACCAAGAUCCGCAUGCUGUUCGUCGUGUCGUCGAGUUUCUCAAAGGGGGGGCAGACGCCCCUGGACGAAGAGGCCAGGGGCUUCUGGGGCCUCGACUUGCAUGGGCUGGACGAAGACUCGAUGCAGCGCAAGUUUAGGGAGCACGCGCUCGCCGUGUGUGGCCCCAAGCAUCACCAGCGGCACGAUCAAUACUUGGAGUCGCUCAAUUCGUACCUUCGAACGAUGCGAGCAUAGGGAUAGUGCGUCGUAGUAAUAUAAUACAGUAGGCCACUACUGGAGACUUUGACGGGAA